CUAGGGGCGUGCCGGGUGCGGGGUCGGCCCCGGAAGGCGGGGGUGGGGGCGGGGCGCCGCGGUGUGUCCCGGCCCGCCCGAGGCCACAGACGGGCAGCCCGCGGCCACCGUGCGCGCAUCAUGGUUCCCGGACCGCUGCACCCGCAGCUGCGGGUCCUCGUGCUGGGGUUCGGACUGGCCCUGCUGGUCGUCGCGGCCGGGGAGCGGGUGCCAGGCACCACCCCCUGCUCUCGGGGCAGCUCCUGGAGCGCGGACCUCGACAAGUGCAUGGACUGUGCUUCGUGCCCGGCGCGCCCGCACAGCGACUUCUGCCUGGGCUGUGUUGCCACCCCCCCCACCCCCUUUCGGUUGCUGUGGCCCAUCCUGGGGGGUGCCUUGGGACUGGCCUUUGUGCUGGGGUUAGUUUCCGGUUUCCUGGUCUGGAAGCGCUGCCGCAGGAGAGAGAAGUUCACCACUCCCAUCGAGGAGACGGGUGGCGAGGGCUGCCCUGGCGUGGCGUUGAUCCAGUGAGAGGCCUGCUCUGCUCAUUCAUUCUCCGGAACCACCCCAGACACCGCCAGGGUGUGGAGGAAUGGGGGGGACAGUGAAUCACCUCUGAGCCCCGUGUCCUGGUCUCAGGGGAACCUGCCAAGAAGCCCAAUGGGCCUGUGACUCCAGGAAGAACAGGAGACCGAGCACGACACUAAGGAACUGCAUUUUGCACAGAGGGGUCCCUGCGGCCCUCUCCCUCUGCCCCACCCGCAUCUGUACUGACAUUUCAUCCCGGGCAGGGGGAGGGGAGGGAUCUGUUCCUACACUAGGGGCUGGCCCUCUAGGGGGGCUGAUCUCAAGACAGCCCUCUCGGCCCCCUGGAGGGGGGUGGCUAUUUAUUUGGGGAGAAUUUAUUAAUAAAAGCUUUAACUUUAAAA